CCGAAACCCUAAACACUAGCUCGCCAACUCAACCCGCCAUCCAAAUCCCUACUGUUAUUGAACCCACCCAAAAAGAAAAACGAGAACAAAUUCCUACCGAACAACCCAAACCUAACGAAAAAUUUUCUCCUAAUUUUGAGGAAAACCAUAGAGAAAAUUCAGACGAAAAUAACGAACCCAAUGACACCCCAAACAACGACCGAAAAGUUAACAAUAACGACGACAACGAAGGGGAAAGCGGAGAAAACACCGAAAAAAAUGAUA